AUGUCAGCGGCAGCCGAUCCCGAAGUCAACCGCCUUGCUAACGACAUGGCCAACUUGGGCAACCCAAGCGAAUCCAAUGUGGCUGCAAGUGGUCUGGAACUUACCUUUUCGGCAGCCAUUGAUGACGCUGAAAACCUCGAACAACUGGGACCCGUCAUCAAGCAAAUCACGCAGACUGGGAGACAAGAAGCCUUUGUCGAUCAACUGGAUGCUCUCAUUCGUAAAAAGGAUGGUGAAAUUGAACGCAUGUGCAACGCCCACUAUCAGGAAUUCGUGCAAGCCGUAGAUCAGUUGUUGAAAGUGCGUCAGGGUACAGCAGAGCUACGUCAAAAGAUAUCAGAAGUCAACAUUGCUUUACAGACGCGAGGAAAUCGCCUAACCGAAAAGCGUCGUGAACUUAUCGAGGCGCGCAGAGUACAACACAAUGUCGAGCACACCAUCAAAGUCCUGCAUAGUAGUUUGGCCGUUUUGGAACUAGCGAAUCGCGCAAAUCACCAGCUUGAAGCGAAAAAGUAUUAUUCAGCCUUGAAGACCAUGGAUAGCCUGGAAAAUGAUCAUCUUCAAGAAAUGCCCCAAUAUAGCUUCGUCAAACAUUUGAGUGAGGGUGUUCCUAUCAUGCAAAACAACAUCAAGGAUAGCGUCAUGGUGCAAUUACGAGAGUGGUUGGCAACAGUGCGUGGUAUUUCGCGUGAGAUUGGCUCGUUGGCAAUGCAGCGGAUGCAAGAACGUCAAGAUCGGUGGAGAGCAAAGACGGCUGACAACCCAAAAUUACGAUAUCUUCAGCAUCAUAAUGUGAACUCGGCCAUUGAAAUGGUGGUGAACGAAGGAUUGGAAUCCAGUAUCAUUGAUGAAGUUGCCAUUGAUUUUGAACCCUUGUAUCGAUGCAUACAUGUUUACGACACCUUGGGAAAACGUCAAGAAUUCAAAACAUCGUAUGAAGAGGAUCGUCGGGCACAAGCCAAUCUGGCGUUAUCCGCACCUAUCAAUUUACGCGAUGGCAACUUGACACCAUUCGAGACCCUUCUUCAAGAUAUUGUUGGCUUCUUUAUCAUUGAGCAUAUCAUUUUGCAUAGCACACAAGAUUUCAGAAGUCAAGCCGAGGUGGAUGCGCUUUGGGAAAUGGUUACUGGUCGAAUCAUUUUGAUUGUAUCCGAAAGCCUAAAGGGAUGCCGCGACCCCGAGCUAUUCUUACGCAUCAAGUUUUCCUUGCUCAUAUUCAUCCAGACAUUGGAGAGCUUUGAUUACUCAGUCAAGCCUUUGCAAGAGACGUUGUUGACGCUUUUCCAACGAUAUUCCGAAUUGCUUAUUAGCCAAUACAGCGAGGUGUUUGAAAAGAUUGUGCAAGAAGAUGAAUGUAUGCCAAUGACAGUUGAGAACGCUGAAGAACUUAAAGAGGUCAUGCAAUAUACCCGUUUUCGUCCAGACCGUGAAUUCUUGAAACGACAUGGCUUCCCUCUCCGCCUUCCAUUUUCCAAGGUGUUCCCUACAUGUUGCCGUGAUGUCAGCGCAUUUGUGCAUCAAUUCUAUCAAUUUGCCGAAGGUUUCUCCCAAACGCACGGUGAAAUGGAUGAUAUCCUUAAAAAGGCUGUUGACAGCCUCCUGAUCCAGCAAAUCAAUGCCAUAUUGCUCAAGAAACUUGAAUCCACCAACCUCUCUCAGAUUGUACAAAUCAUCAUCAACAUUGAAUACUUUGAAUCAACUUGCCCCGACUUCGAGAUGUUGUUAAUGGAGACUCGUUCGUUCCAUCGCUCUGGACGUAUCCAUCUCAAGGCCACUUCAACUUUCAAAGAGACUAGAAGGAAGGCCGAGAAGCGCAUUUUCGAAUUGGUCAACCACAAGUUGGAUGAAUUCUUAGAGCUAUCAGACAUUGAUUGGGAAGCACGUGAUCUACAAGAAUACCCCAGCUCACAUCUUCAAGAUCUGGUCACCUUCUUGACCAAUGUCACAAAUGCAGCACUCCUCAAUUUGCCUGAAUCCAUCAAGAGUUUACUAUACUAUGACGCAUUGGAACAUCUUAGUCAGUCGAUGAAAACCAUGCUAUUGGAUCCGGAUGUGCGUGUGAUCACUGAAGUGGCUCUGAAGAAUUUCAAUACGGACGUACGGUUUGUCGAAGAUUUUGUGCAUAAUCUUGGUGAUCCAACUGUGCGGGAGACUUUUCUGGAACUGCGCCAGUUGCUUGAUUUGGCGAUGAGUGAUAACCCAGAAGAAUACCUAACGCCUCAAGUCAAGAGUCGCAAAUAUAACAAGGUGCAAGGACGCGAUGUCAUUAUCUUGUUUGAAAAGUUAUUAAGAGAUCCAUACUCGUUCAACGCCAAUAACCCAAGAGAUAAAGUUCGUCGCAAAGCAAUGGAGAAUGUUGCAAGAGUGCUUCGAUCCGUACACAUCUAG